CCGCCAGAAAAAAGCUAAAAUGGAGAGCAGUCUGUCCAGACUUUUGAUGGGACUUUCUGUUCAGAUAAGUCGCAGUGAUGGACGAGUGCACUCUGCCACGGUGAAGUCAGUUGAUAACGUCAAGAGCACUGCUAUGGUGGAGUGGUACGAACGAAACAUCUGUCGAGGGAAGGAGGUUGAAGUGAGUGAAUUAUGUACACUCAAUCCAGAGCUUCUGGAACAUAUAAACACUGCUACCAGUAAAGCUGCUGAGCCUCCUGCUCCUGCUAAAAACAAAAAGUAUGAUGGUCGACUCCGCUCAUCAAGGAUUCCUGCCCCUCCCUCCUUUUCCACUCGGUCUCAGGCGCGUCAGACUUGUAUGUUCCAGGUCCCAGCACCCAUCGCAGCACCAGCAUCGGCCAUGGGCUCUUCCCCAGCAAACCCAGAGACAAUCCGUGCUAAUCUCAAUCCUUCUCCAGUCCCCACAAACUCCACCAGUUUAAAUCAUCAGCGUAAGGAGAACGAGACCAGACUCGCAAAUUCGCAGCAUUCACUUGUUCGUGAGGCUGUAAAGGAAAACGAACCUGAGAGGAUGCCUCCUCUGCCUUCAGCCAAAGGUAGAAAAAAAUCUGUGGUCCCCCAGGAGUUAAACAAAGGCAACAAAAGACUCUCUUCUAUAAUAAAACCCUUCGACAUGCAGACCAAGAGAGGAAAGUUUGGAGAGGCAUCUCGACCAAACCAGAAGUUCUAUGACAUGAUCCAAGAGUUCAGAGAGACUUUGGAAAUAACUCCGCUGUCCACGGGAGAUCUGAUUGAGCCUCACAGGAUUUCUGUCUGCGUUCGAAAGCGCCCCCUUAACAAGCAAGAGGUUGCAAAGAAGGAGAUAGAUGUGGUUUCUGUGCCUGGAAAAGGUACCUUACUGGUGCAUGAGCCAAAACAGAAGGUGGACCUCACCAAAUACCUGGAGAACCAGAUCUUCCACUUUGACUACUCUUUUGAUGAAAGUGCCACCAAUGACCUGGUCUACAAGUUCACCGCCAAACCUUUGGUUCAGUCCAUUUUUGACGGUGGUAUGGCAACUUGCUUCGCUUAUGGCCAGACAGGUAGCGGUAAGACCCAUACGAUGGGAGGUAACUUCACAGGAAAGCAGCAGAACAGUGCUAAAGGGGUCUACGCCUUAGCAGCCCAAGAUGUUUUUACUUACCUCAACCACAGGAGAUAUACUAACCUGGACCUGUCUGUCUAUGUGAGCUUUUUUGAGAUUUACAACGGCAAAGUUUAUGACCUGCUGAAUAAGAAAGCUAAGCUCCGUGUCUUGGAAGAUGACCGGCAGCAGGUUCAGGUAGUGGGGCUGGAGGAGGUCUACGUGUCCUCAACAGAAGAUGUCAUCAAGAUCAUACAGAUGGGCAGUGCCUGCAGAACAUCAGGCCAGACCUCGGCCAACGCCAACUCAUCACGCUCUCACGCCAUCCUUCAGAUUGUGCUUCGGCGCAACGACCGCGCUACCACGCUGCAUGGCAAGUUUUCCCUGGUGGAUCUGGCUGGCAACGAGCGUGGCACAGACGUCAGCAGCAAUGACCGCGGCACUUUGGUUGAGACGGCCGAGAUCAACCGCAGUCUGCUUGCUCUCAAGGAGUGUAUUCGUUCUCUGGGGAUGAACAGUGACCACAUUCCUUUCCGGAUGAGCACUUUAACCAAAGUGCUGCGGGAUUCCUUCAUUGGAGAAAAGUCCAGGACCUGCAUGAUUGCCAUGGUGUCUCCUGGCAUGACUUCAUGUGAAUAUACUAUGAAUACACUACGUUAUGCCGACAGAGUGAAAGAACUUAAAGGCAGUUCUAAAGCCAGUGGAGCACCAAAGACACAGGAACUUGUAAACAGUUCGUCUGAAGAGGAAACUGUAGUGGACACCAGUGUGUAUGAUGCCAUAUCGCAGGUGGCAGAGUUUGAGGAAAAAGUUUAUGCAGUGCUCAAGAGGGCAAAUGAACUUGUGACAGACAUGGAACAAAUCUCAUACAACAUCGAGGCCGGGCUUCCAGACCUGAUGGAUCAUUCCAAGAAAUUAAUGGACACGGUUCUGGCUUUACAGUCUGCUGUGGAUCAGGAGCGGAAUGCCAGGCUGAACCACUGAAAAUUCACCCAGAGGAUGUUUGGAUUAUUGUCCUUGUUUUUAUUGUAUUUUUUCAGUGUCAAAUAAAAUGCGUUGGAACACUAUUUCAUGGAAAAAGAAAUGCUACCACUGGUAGUUUUGUGUAACAUAGCUUCAGAACCAACUGGUGUACAGUUGCAUGUAGCACUUUUUGGUAUGAAUGUUUUUCUUGCAUUUUCUUUCUUUUCGAACAGCAAAAAUUGCAUUGUUUUGAAUUGUUGACGUUCCCAUAAAGAUUAGUAGAAUGACAAAUAGUUUAUUUCUCAAAUGCAAAAGGUUUCUAUCACUAUUUAUUUUAGCAGGUAUUUCACAAGAAAUCACACUUAAAUUGUGAAGAACAGUGAAUUUAUGUGAAUUUUGCUCUUGGAGGACUUUAAAUGUACGAAGACUGCCAAAUGAUCUAACCACAGUACAUUUGUUAUUUGCAUCAGUUUGCUACGUUUCUUUUACAAUUUAUCUUUGCUUCAUUUAAUUAAGCUAUUUUAACAUCUUCAGGGUUUUGGGGGAUGCGUGAAAAUAUUAAAUAAUUUUAGAAAGACUUGCUCAGACUUGAGUGGAAAUUUUCUAUAAUAUUUUUUGUAAAUUAUUUUGGGUUUUUCUGUCAUUUUCUCCUUAAAUGAGAAAGAACACUGCCAUUGAAACACGUGUUUACAUGUCAUGAAUGAGAACGGUAAAGAACUAAGAUUAAAUUUUGUGAAUAUCUAAAAGUAUUUGAACAGUAGGGGGCAGUACAGGCGUUAACUGUUUUGUUUAAAAUGAGAGUAGAGUGAGAAG